GAGAGAUACGGUACGAACCCCCCCGGACUUUCAGAACCGAAAAUCGUCGAGAUUAGUGAACUGCGACCGACAAGAACGGAAGAAGGGAUUAAAGCAUUGAUCUUGAUGCGCAGACAUCCUCCAAAUGUCGGUCAAACGGCACUGCACGCUCAAAGGCAAAUUCUGUGAAAAAUCACUCAUCCACACACACUGAGUAAUGUGUUGAGAAAUCGCCUAUGCAGGUGGAUCCCUCCCCAAUGAAUGUAGGGGAUGGAGGGACGGUGAGUAGAGAGAGCAGUGCCCCUACCCAGGUGUCUGAGAGCAUGGUGGGGAAUCCACAGCAGACUCUGCCUCUUGAACUCAGAGGUGAUGUACCUCAAAGUCAGCAGAACAAGCUGAGGACGACCGCAGACUGCAAAACAAACGACGGCUGCUCCGACGCCAGCAAGGCCAGCAACUGUCCCCAAGUCCCAACCUCCCAACCUCACAGCAUUGCUCCUGUGAGCGCACUGUUGUCUGACAGAACAGAGGUUUCCAAAGGCAAAGUUGAUGGUACUGGUAUUUACACUGCUCACCAGUGGACCUGUGGUAAAACGGUCAACGCAGAGGAGCCUGUAAACUCCAUUCGCAGUAGUGUAAACCCAAAUAAAAAGACUAACACACCAGCACCCACCCAACCUGUGAUAAGCAUACCGUUAGGGUUCCAGUGUUCCACGCUGUUCAAACCUGGCCAGCCUGUUGCUUUUCUUCCCUCCUCCAACUUUUCAUCUCCUCUUUGUAAGAUCACCCUGCCUCCAGCGUUAGGUCAGAUCGCAGCGCUAAGAGAAGCUACAGCUAGCCAGUUUCAAAAAGACUGCACAGCGCAAAACCCUUGUUCAAGCACGGCAUCCAUGCUGAAAACAUACCCUUAUCACUUCUCAGUGGGGAGAGGGCCUGGCGGUGAGAAGAAGUCCCAGUCUGCAGCAUCUAAAGUCUCUUUGUCCAAUACUAAGGGCUUUCAAGGUGGAGCUGAACAUAUGUCCACAAUGUCGUCUGUAGCAGCACCAGCCAUAGCCCUCCCAGUACAGCAGGCCUCACAAGGCUCGGCUCAACCAACCCGGUACACUAUCUCGCCCACCGCUGCCAUCUGCUGCAGCCCAGCUCUAGCGAAUAUCACCACUCAAAGCAGGCUGCUUAACCUUGUCGAAAAAGGUUCAACGUACCGAGGUGCUGAAAAGACCUCAUUGGCGUAUUUAAAACCCAAAACUCUGUCCACUCCCGAGGAGCACAAUGUGUCUUGCCCUAUUGAGUCAAGAGAUGUGCCUCUUGAUCUGUCUGCAAAGUCCAAACGUUCAAAAAGCAUUAAAGACGCACAGAACAAACCUACUGUUUCCACGGAACAUCAUUCUGUCGAGCCUCAUCAGAAAAACAUGACUGGCUCGAAAAAGGGUCAUUCGGCAUCGUUUGAUUCGACCGGUAGGUAUGCCCAACAUCCGGAGACUCAGAGAAAUGGCACAACUCAGAAAUCAAAACUAACAAAUCACCAUGCAUUGGAACCAACGGCAUCCUGGACCAAAGUCUCAUCACCCGGGUCUAUAAACAACCUCCCUUGUACGUAUGUAGGAGUGGCAAGUCCCAUUUUAGCAUCUACGUUACGUAGCAAAGAUGGAAAAAGUGCUGCUUUUGUUGAAGACAUCCAGACAUUUGCUAAACAGGAAACUAUAUCCAUUAUUGACCAAGGGGAGCAGCCUGUCUGCAAAGACAGGAAAACACCAAUUGCUGGAAAGGGUCCGCAGUAUAAUAAAGCUGGCAAGCUCUCAAGCAGUACCCGCUCACCUGGAGCACAAUGUAUUUCAUCCAACCCAUUGUCAGCAACAGCUAAUUCACAACCCCACCGAAAGUCAGCUUGUGGAAAAGGAGGUACCCUGUUCACAUCUCCGGUUAAAUCAUUAUGGCAACCACCAUGUGUUUCCCAAGGGGGAUCAUUGCAGAGGCCAAGUCAGACUCCUACCCCAAAGACUAAGAAUGUACCUAAUUGUGAGACAUCUUUGUUCCAUAAUUCCAAGUUAAACCCAACUAAAGUAGAAGAUGGUCAGUGGGAGAAAGACAAAUCCCCCUUAUCCAACCUAGAGUCAAUCGUAAAGCAGAAAGCUCUCGAGACAACUGCCCUUACAGGGGGGAACUACUGUUGUCUGUCUACUGUGGGAUCCAAAAGGCCUGAGGUUGCCAGCUCGGACCGGUUUCAGGACUCAACAUUGCAGCAGACCCUUACUGCUGGCUCUCCAACAUUCAGAGCCAUAGACGGACAGGCCAUAAUGGAGACCACAGCAGCUCUGAGUAGACAGGAGGUCACAAGUAUUUCUGCGGCCAGAGAAAAAGGACGAGAGAAACAAAUGAAACCGAGUGAAAAUCUGCCAUCUGAUGGUUAUCAAAAAAUGAAAUCCAGUACUCCUAGUAAAAAGAGUGCUUCAGGUGUCAAAGGAGAAUGGAAGGAGAGGAAAUUGGCUCAACGGUUAGAGGAUGAAAUGGUAAAAGAGGAAAAGGCAUCGGAAAAGAAACAUGUUAAGGAAGAGGCCUUAUGCCUCCUUCAGACUGUACAGGCAGAGGGAGAGAAAAAAAUGAAUGGAGCCAAAGAAGUUAUACCUUAAGGAAAGGCAUCAGCUGUCAAACAGAAAAAAGUCAAAAAGCCAGCCAAGGAGAAGAAGCAUCUUGAAACACAAAAGACUGGGUCAAUAACUAAGAAGCAGAAAGAUAAAGAGAGUCCAUGUGUCAAGCAAGGCUCCUCUCAUAAAAGGAAGAAAGAUCCAUCGACUGGAGUGGGAAGAAGUAUUCUUCAGGAUGAAACGGAACCAGCUCCCAAAGUCACAGGAAAGACUCGCAAAAGGAAAAGCAGUCCGGCUAAUAUAGAGGACAACAUCUUGAACAAAAUAGAUUCUGCUAGCAGUCCGUGUCGAAGUCCUCCGGUAGAGAGAGACUCGAGUUCUUUCAGCAGUACAGGCUGGCCUAGUAAGGAAUCACACUCCCAUGAGGAGACCUCUCCUCGGCUGAGGCGAGGACGCAGGCGAACUGAUGAAGCGUUGCUCCGAGACUGGAGCUUCGUUGCUCCACCUACUCCUCCCCCAGUUGAUGCUCCCUCUACACCACCUCCUACCCCACCACCCCCUGGACCAAUCCGCCGGCCGCGUGGCAGGCCGCGGAUCAAUCCUCUGCCUGAGGAGGUGGAUGCGGACAAGGACAGGCCCGGUGAGGGUGGAGACGCCUCGUCAAUAAAGAAAAGGAAACGUUGCAAGAAUCGUAAAUAUCAGAAUGGGGAAUACAUAACAGAGAAGGAAAAGGUGGCAGAUGGGGAGGAGGAGAAGCUGGGCGUGGAAGACGAUGAGAAGAUUGGUGUGUAUCCUUGUCUCAGUGCAACGCUGACAAGUGGAGUGUCCAGCCCAGAUAUCAGCUCUAGACGGACACUGUUCACACGCUCAGGAUCAACUCGACCUCAAGAAAGUCCUCCUGCCCCACCUCCCAAAGACAAACCCUCGGGAAAGAGGAAGUUCAAAAGUAAACACUUAUGUGAUACAGAGGAUCAGAAGAAGCUCAAGACUAAGAAAAGCAGCUUGGGCAAACGCACAGGGACACUCAUGCCAGAUGAGGAUGUUCAAACCGCCAAGAAACCCUCUACUCCUUAUGCGUCUCCUAAGCAGUCCACCUCACCACUGUCUAGUAAGAAAGCAGCCGGCGGGAAAUCAAAUAUCCCUGAAUCUACUCCAAGCCGUCCAGUGCCUCCAGAAGUCCGUCGACUGAUCGUGAAUAAGAAUGCGGGAGAGACGCUGUUACAGAGGGCUGCUAGACUAGGUUACCAGGAUGUAGUUUUAUAUUGCUUGGAAAAAGACAUACGAGAGGUGAACCGUCGUGACAACGCAGGGUACACGGCACUGCACGAGGCCUGUGCGCGCGGCUGGACUCACAUAGUACAGAUAUUGCUGAAGCACGGUGCAGAUGUCAACUGCAGUGCACAGGAUGGAACGCGCCCUAUUCAUGAUGCAGUAGCAGCUGAUAAUCUGCCGGCAGUUUGGAUGCUGUUAAAUCACGGGGCGGAUCCUACGCUGGCAACCUACUCUGGUCAGACGGCAGUUAAACUAGCACAGAGUCCCGGAAUGAAAGCUUUCCUCAAAGAAUACUUCGCUGAUUUAGAAGGCCGAACAGAUCAAGAUCCAAGUGUACAGUGGGAUUUCCACAGUAGCUCUGUGUUUGAGACAGAGCAGGAACCUUGCUGGGACUUUCUGUUGUCUCAGCCUGAGGAGGACUGCGGGGAGAACUCAAGGGAGCAGGUGAAGGAUAGAGAUGCUGAUGCAGACUGUCUUGUCUUUGAGUUCUCUUCAGAACCCCUGCUUCCCUGCUAUCACGUUCAAGUAUCACUGACGCAGGGUUUUUGUAACUGGUUCUUGCUAACGGACGUGCUAAAGCGGCUUAAAAUGUCUUCACGGAUUUUCCGGGCUCGGUACCCUCAGUUCGAGGUGACGGGCAUCCCACUGGCAGAGUUGUGGAAGCAGGUCUCCGUCAGUCAGACGUGCGCGGCACCAGACGAGCUCCGGCCGGCUGAAGAAGACGAAGGGGAGGAGACUGUGGAGCUGGUGCGAUGCGUGCCGGAGUUACAAGGACUGCUGGGUUCAACAAUACAACUUCUCAGAGAAGAUGAAGAUGAGAAUUCAGAGGUCAACGCCAGGCCAUGCAGUCGAUAGCGACUCCUGCCCUCCAUCCGUUCCCAGGCCUCCAACGACAGUCCCUCCAUGCUCCCUCCUGUCUUUGAACAGGGAGCAGCGAGGUGCCGUCCAGUCGUGUGAGGGUCCUUUCCAUUGCGUCUGAUGGCCUGUUACCACUACCAGCAAUUUGUAUCUUCAGUGUCAGCGGUCCUAUUUUCUCAAAGACACUCUUUCAACAGGCCACUUUCCCUCUCAGUAACAAAAAAGAAAAAGGGUCCUAAGGGGCCGCUUUGCCAUGCCUCCCCUCAGGCUGAGGACGGACUCCACUGGGAAGCAACUUUCAGGUUACUUCUGUUGGUAUUUUUCACAAUUAAAUAAUUUUGUUUUUUUAACAAACCUAUAUGUAUAAGUAAAUAUAUGUAUAUCUUGACAUCAGGGUGAACACGUAUGAUGUAACUUAUCAUUAACAUGCUUUUACGUUUGUUUGUCGUUGAUGUGCGAGCCGUUUAGAAGGAGGUAAUCCAAGUCUUUUUUUAUCUUGGUAAACUAAACGCGUGUAGCUAAGAGGCUUACGUCAAGCUAACAGCAGCAGGAAUGCCUUUGGGCCAGAUGGUUCCUACGUAAACCUUCAAGAGUCUCUCGGCCUCAUGAAGCCCCCCUAACAUACAGCAUAUGUUCCUCACCGCAGUUCUCCAUACCUCAGCACCACAACUCUCAUCGCACUGCAGCUCUGCCUAGAACAUUACACCUGCCUCUCACUCUUUAUUCUGUUUCAUUUGUAUGGCAGCAGACAUUAAAUCGGCUGAUUGCUUCAUUUCUGAAAUCGCCAGCUACUCUGGUUUUAUCCACCUAUGAAGUGGUAAACUGAGAAACAAGCCUGUGGAGUGCUUUUUUUUGGCCGAUUUUUCUAGAGCCGUUUCUAGAGUCUACUUUCCAGUGCUCGGCAUACGGAAGUCCUCUCCGAUCUUCCCUCAUUUUUUCCUGGUGUAGCAGAUAUUGGCGUGCUUUGUGGCGCGUGGUGUGUUUUAUUUACACUGAUCGUUGUAUGUGCUUAAUUUAAUAGUCAUUAAUAUAUUUGCCCUUUUUGUGUGUAUCAGACAAAUGAUAUAUUGAAAAUUGCUUUGUGUGGUUGGUGCUUUAUUUGAAAUGUACAAUUAAUAAUCCCUUUAUCCUGAGGUUGUUUUGUUUUCCCACACUGCGAACAGUAUUUUAACAGGCUAAAGUACAGUUUUAUUGUACUGGUGCUAAGCUAGAUUUUGUGUUGACAAUCAAUGAAGUUUUGUUUGAACUGAAACCAAUAAAUGAUAUUUAAAUGAAGAGACAGAGAGAUGUAAAGAUAGAGUUUAGUUUCACUACUUAUGGAAAUACGGCAAGUCAUGGAGAAAGUACUUGGUUUUGAAGAAGGCUUAUUGCUUAAGUGAUCUCUGUUCAAAGAGGAAAGCUGUUUAUUUGAUUCUUUUUUUUAAAGAAAUCAACCAGAAUAAAGCAUGAUUGUCAAGUCUU